GCCGGGAGGAGCCAUCAGAUUCCUUCUGCCGCCCCCUGGGAUGGAGCCCUAGGGAUCCACUGAGCUGCCCCUGCCCUGGCUGGAUUUACAGCUGCAGGGUACCUGGAGAUGGAGCAGGGACAGCAGCCCAGGCUCCAUGCACCUCCCCUGACCUCCUCCUGCAACUUUCUCCCUGCACUAAGGCCCAGGACUACAGAGUGACCUCUCUCUUUGGACAUUACUGGGCUCUGAAGAGACAGGGCCAAUUCUACUGAGAGGAUGGUUGGACUGAAGCCUUCAGAAGUGCCUCCCACCAUAGCUGUGAAGUUCCUGGGGGCAGGCACUGCGGCCUGUUUUGCUGACCUCCUCACCUUUCCAUUGGAUACAGCCAAGGUCCGCCUACAGAUCCAGGGAGAGAACCCAGCAGCGCAGAGCGUGCAGUACCGUGGUGUGCUGGGCACCAUCCUGACCAUGGUGCGCACCGAGGGCCUCCGCAGUCCCUACAACGGGCUGGUGGCCGGCCUGCAGCGCCAGAUGAGCUUCGCCUCCAUCCGCAUCGGCCUCUACGACUCUGUCAAGCAGUUCUACACCCCCAAAGGAGCGGAUCACUCCAGCGUCGCCAUCAGGAUUCUGGCGGGCUGCACCACGGGGGCCAUGGCAGUGACCUGUGCCCAGCCUACCGAUGUGGUGAAGGUCCGAUUUCAGGCCAGCGUGCGCCUGGGACCCGGGAGCGACAGGAAGUACAAAGGAACCAUGGAUGCCUACAGAACCAUCGCCAGGGAGGAAGGGGUCAGAGGCCUGUGGAAAGGGAUUUGGCCCAACAUCACUAGGAAUGCCAUCGUCAACUGUGCUGAGAUGGUAACUUAUGACAUCAUCAAGGAGAAACUGCUGGACUCUCAUCUGCUCACCGACAACUUCCCCUGCCACUUUGUCUCUGCCUUUGGAGCUGGUUUCUGUGCGACAGUGGUGGCCUCCCCAGUGGAUGUGGUGAAGACGCGGUAUAUGAACUCACCCCCAGGCCAGUACCGCAGCCCACUGGACUGUAUGUUAAAGAUGGUGGCCCAGGAGGGACCCACAGCCUUCUACAAGGGGUUCACCCCCUCCUUCUUGCGUUUGGGAGCCUGGAACGUGAUGAUGUUUGUAACCUAUGAGCAACUGAAACGGGCCUUGAUGAAAGUCCAGAUGUUGCGGGAAUCUCCGUUUUGAGCAAGACAAGAAGGCCAAUUGGUACUUACCUUGCACGAGGCCAGUUAAGAAUGGAAUAAAGCAGUGGACCCAGGCCCCCCUGGACCCAGGCCCACACAAGUUUACCAAACUGCAUACUUGUAUGUUCAAGAAACAGAACUGAAAAAAGAGGAAGGAUUCUGGUCUACAGCUUCGUCUUAAGAACGCCCUUGUUUUGCACUGGCAUAAUGGAAAAUAAAUUAUAUUAAUUUUUUAAACCCAUCAGGUUGGAUGCCUAAUAUUUAGGCAAGAGAAAACAAAUCAAAACAGAUCCCUCUGGAUAAAAGGGAAGUUUGCACGCUUGUAUCCCCUGAUAAAUUGGAUUAGAGGAUGACUUAUAAACAGGAAAGGCUACCAGAGAAGGAAGUCAACUGAGGAGCCUAGAGGGACACCAUAGACGCGACCCAAACCUGGGACUGUAGCCUCCACACUCACACUGGAUCACCUGCCUACUGAUCCUAAUGAGUGUUGAUCCUAAUGAUCCAACGGGAUUCCAGGAAAUGUAAGAACAGAAGAGAAAAUCCAGGCCUGUGCCACAGGAGCCCUGCAGGGCCAACAUGAAGCUAAGGCCUGCAAGCACUCCCAGAGGACACAGGAAAAUCAGGAGGGUGCCUCAGUCCACUUCCUAUAAAAGGGCUAAUAAUCUCUUCCCUGCCUCCCUCACCAGGGUGUCAGGAGGACCAGUGAGAAGCUGGCAUGAAUCCACUUUAUAAAAGCCAAAGUUCCUACCGUCGUAAGUAUAAGGACAAUGUCUUGGGAAAGAUUUUGUUGGAACAGAGAGGAAUUGUCUGGUAGGAAGUUUUUGAAAGACACAGUUGCCUAGUGGUGAGACCAGAAGAACCUAGGCUGCGGUGACAGCAGAUGACAGAAGUCACAGGAGCCCCAUCCUCUGCCCCCUGCUCCCUGGCCCCACUGUGAGGCAUCUUGAAGGACAUGGGACUUGGGAAGAAGAGCCUGGCUGAGAGCCUAAAGCAGCUGGAUUCAGAAUCUUUAGGAAAUUAUUAUGAUUCAGUGAAGGAACUCUCACAUUCAGUGUGGGAAUAAGAACAGCCAUUUUUCUGCCUUCUCUUUCUUGGACAAAAUUUUCUCCCUUCAGAGUUCCUAUUUGUCAGGGUGGAGCCAGAUCUGGCCUGUCACUGUUCCUUUGACUGCAGGCAAGUUGCUGUACCUUCUAGGGCUUUGGCUCCUCCAUCUGCAAAAGGCAAAGUCAAGCGACUGACCUCCUUUCAAGUUUGAGACUGCACAUCUUUCAGACUGAUACUGGGGACCCAUGAUGCCAGGAACCAUUCGUGUUUCUCAGCAGUGUGGCGUGGUUCUGAGGACAGUCAGAAGGGGCUGUGGAUCUCAUCCCACCCCACCUUAUCAGCGACCUACCCUCAGGGAAUCCUUGCCCAUCAGUGUCCUCCCAGAGAGGCUGAGUGACAGUCCCUAGCUCACUCGCAUGUGGUGGGGGGAGUUGAUCUAGAACACCCUGGAAUACAAGAGGGCUCCAAUGUCCGUCCUUCCUCCCCUGAUUGUACCAUUCACACAAGGAAAAAAUUAACUUCAUCCUGCCUGAGCACUUCCUGAUGUUAAAUUGUAACUUGAGAUCAUCCACAUAUACAAACUGAAAAGUUCAAACAAAAGGGAAAGAAAAAUUAUUUUGAUUUAAUGUUCGAUUUAAACUUUAAGUAAAACUUCCACUUAAAAGUUUCUUUCUUUUGA